AUGGGAUCAAUAGAGUUACAUAACGGGAGUGUUUUGGCCACAAAUGAUGUGGUGGUUGUGGCCGUGAACUACAGACUCGGAUGGUUUGGUUUUAUAUACGGGGAUCGGGAGGACGUACCCGGAAAUGUGGGCUUUUAUGACCAAUUAUUGGCUCUCAAAUGGAUCAGAGAAAAUAGUCAUUCUUUUGGUGGGGAUAGAGAUCGGAUCACAAUAUUUGGUGCAAGCGCCGGCAGUUGGUCCGUAUCGGCACAUAUAGUAUCGCCGUUAACACGUGGACUGUUUAGACGGGCUAUAAUGCAAAGCGGAUCCAUUUUGGGUAAUAAGGACAGGGAUCCCGUCAAUAGGACUGAAGCAUUAUUACAGACAAAAAGAUUAGCAAAACAACUGAAUUGUACGGAACGGGAAGAUUGGCUCAAAUGUCUGAGAGGUGUCGACGCCUCA